CGGCUGCAAAGCCGCCGGAGCUUAAUGGCGUCCUUGCGCUCAGAUUAGCUGCUCCCUUUUCCUUCCUUCCUCCCCUCUCCUCCUCCCUUCCUUCGGGGAGGCGGGCGGCGGGCAGGAGGAGAAGAAGAAAAGGAGCGGCGGCGGGAGAGGGAGAGACAGAAGCUCCCAGGCGCGCGGGCAAGACUUCGCCGUGAAAGCAGCGCGGGCGGAGGCAGCCGCACACAAUGCGCCAAGAGGCAACACCCGGGCAAGGCAGCGCGGGAGACUGAGGCGCAGCGGUCCAGGCGAGCGGGCGGCGGAGGAGGAGGAGAAGCAGCAGCAGCAGCGCAGGAGGGAAGAGGCAGCGGCGUCCACAGUCCCACCUUCUCCCCGCGCGACGGCAGGAGGGUGCUAGUCGCAAAGUUGGCUGCCUUAGACAGACAGGAUCUGGCAACCCUCCAGCUGGGUUUCAUAACUAUUAUUCUGCAAUGACUACAGCAAGAUACAGACCUACUUGGGACUUGGUGCUUGAUCCUCUUGUGUCCUGCAAACUCUGCCUUGGGGAAUUUCCAGUGGAGCAGAUGACAACAAUCGCACAAUGCCAGUGCAUCUUCUGUACUUUGUGCCUGAAACAGUAUGUGGAGAUUUUGAUCAAGGAAGGCUUAGAAACAGCCAUUAGCUGCCCUGAUGCUUCCUGCCCGAAGCGAGGUCAUCUUCAAGAAAAUGAAAUUGAGUGUAUGGUUGCAUCAGAAAUCAUGCAGAAGUAUAAGAAGCUACAGUUUGAAAGAGAAGUGCUUUUGGAUCCUUGUCGGACUUGGUGCCCAUCCUCUUCCUGCCAAGCGGUUUGUCAGCUCCAGGAAUCAGGCCCCCAGAACCCCCAGCUGGUACAAUGCAAAUCUUGCGACAUAGAAUUUUGCUCGGCGUGCAAAUCCAAUUGGCAUCCGGGACAAGGCUGUCAAGAAAAUAUGCCAAUCAGCUACCUUCCAGGGGAAACAAGCUCUGCUUAUAAAAUGGAAGAAGAUGAUGCACCAAUCAAACGCUGCCCGAAAUGCAAAGUUUACAUUGAACGGGACGAAGGCUGUGCCCAAAUGAUGUGCAAAAACUGUAAACAUGCCUUUUGUUGGUACUGUUUGGAAUCACUUGACGAUGACUUCCUACUUAUACAUUAUGACAAGGGACCUUGCCGAAAUAAGCUUGGUCAUUCCAGGGCAUCAGUUAUUUGGCACAGAACGCAGGUCGUGGGGAUCUUUGCAGGGUUUGGUCUGUUACUGUUAGUGGCCUCCCCUUUCCUUCUGCUCGCUACCCCAUUCGUGCUCUGCUGCAAGUGCAAAUGUAGUAAAGGAGACGACGACCCCCUCCCAACUUAAGGUGGAGUGAAAGUGGGACUGGCUCAUCAUCGCAGUGCAUUUCCUAACCCACCCACCCCCUUCUUGCACUUGACAUUGCGUUGGCCUUACUCACCCUGAUUCCCGACGUUGCAGGAAACAGGAGGAGCCACGAUUCCCAGCGAUCUUGCCCGCAAGUCAGUUUACAGAGUGCAAGGCAUAUCCUGGUGUGUUUUUAGGGGGGGCAGCGUGAAGCAAGCUGGGACGUCGGAAACAUCAUGUGCCAGUAACGCAAAGCUAUGUUGGCAGAUUUGGAACUGAGACGCUACGGUGUCGAAACAAAGCCCCGUUCAGCAUAUCUAUUUGCAUCAAAUUGAGGUGUUAGACAUGUGUGUUUUAAGAAUCGCUUACCAUUUAAAAAAAAAAAUCAGCCCAUUUUAAAGUGUGACUUUAAAUAUCUGUCUAAUGAAACUGAAGUCUUUUGCCAUGGGGAAAUAU